CACAACAUCAACCAUCCCGCACAAUUCUUCUUUUUGCAGCAAGACGACCAUUCUCGAUAGUCUUCUCUCCUCUUUUUAGAAGCCAAAUCGAAUACAAGCUACUAGCUAGUAGAUUCAAACACUUGGUAUUACUAUACUUGUUUUUAUUAUAGUGAGACUUGACCAUGAGAAUCUCCGCCUGGAGCGUCGCGCUCUUGCUGGCGCCGGCGGCGUCCGCAUUCACUCUCCCCCACACAAGAGUCAGUCGACAACGCGUCGUGAGUACAAAGUUCUACCAAAAGCCCGAUGACUGGAUGUCCAGCAAAAGCAACAAGAACAUCUACCCGCCAUCGGAAGCGCCAUGGAGUACGGUACCGCCCCAGGACAAUACGAGUACGAGUCUUCAGCAGACAAGAACGACGGGACAAAACCAAGCAGUCAACAACAACAACAAGAAGCAAGAUUCCUUUGUCCAGAAAAUGUUCAACAAGGCCAAGGAACCAGUCGCACCACCACCACCGCCCCCCAAAACCGGUAGUACUACUACUAAGACGCCGGUAUCAUCCACUCGUGCUGCUACCACCCCUGCGGUACCACCCAAGAUGCCUGAGGAUCCUCCCAAACAGACGGAUGCGUUGCAAAAGCUCGAAGCGGUCAAACAGAAAGCGGCUGCGGCAGCUCGGGUCGUCGUCAAGACGGGAGAAGAAAAGCUCGUCAAAAAGUUUGUACGAUGGGAUCGAAAACGCGAUGGAUACAUGGUCGAACGCAAUGCCAACGAAGCACUGCUGAGUCCCUUCCAGUCGCAGCAACAACCCGAGUCCGAUGACGGCUCCAAAUUCGAACGAUACGAUCGACGCGACAAGGAAAAUUACAUUCUAGAUGGCGACCUUAACGAGUUUGAACGAAGAACCAAGCAGGGUGCUCCACCACCGGAUGUACAACAACAGGGGACACCGCAAGCUGCCUACGAACAACCAAAAGUGGCGCCACCGGAUCCGUACGAGCAAAAGUUGGCUCCGGGAUUUGUCGGGUUUGCGGGAGCAGACUUUGCACAGCAACAGCCGGGAAUGCCAAGUGGACAGGAACAGCAGCAACCGCUACAAGGAGCAGGUCCGCAGCAGCCACCAGUGCAACAGCAGCAGCAGCGAGUUCAGCAGCCACCGGUACAGGGAGCUCAGCAGCCACCGGUACAGCAACAGCAGCCCAAGGUUCAAUUUGUUCAGCAACCAAAGGUACAAUUUGUUCAGCAGCCACCAGUGCAGCAGCAACAGCAGCCCCAACAAGGAGCUCGUCAGCCACCGGUACAGGGAGCUCAGCAGCCACCAGUGCAGCAACAGCAGCCAAAGGUACAAUUUGUUCAGGAGCCACCGGUGCAAGCGUCUCGGCAGGCACCUGUACAAGGAACUCAACAGCAACCGGUACAAGGAGUCCAGCAGCCGCCAGUGCAACCGCUACAAGGAGUUCAACAGCCACCGGUACAAGCGUCUCAGCAGCAGUCUCCUCGGCAGCCACCAAUGCAGCAACAGCAGCAGCCGCUACAAGCAGUGCAGCAGCCGCUACAAGGAGCUCUGCAACCACCUGUGCAGCAGCAGCUGCAGCAACCACUACAAGGUGUUCAGCAGCCACCAGUGCAGCAGGUGCGGCAACCCGUACAAGGAGUGCAGCAGCCGCAACAACCAGUACAAUUUCAACCGGAACCAAUGCAGCAACAGCCACCGGUGCAAGGAACGCAGCAACCGCCAUCUGUUCAAGCCACUCAGCAGCAGCAGCAAGCGUCUCAUAUCGGACCAAUGCCAGCCCAGCAGGAACAGCCUGCUCAGUUCCAAUCGGAUCCAAUGCAGCAACCGUACCAGCCGGAACCAGUAGUGUAUCAGGAUCCCAUGGCGACGACGACGAGGGCAUCGUCCUACACUCCUACCCAAGACGAUCUCGAUGACUUGUUGGCACUCACCGAACUCGAAGAAGAACUCGAACUCGAAGAAAACAAGAACGAUCUCAAGAUUUCACGCCAUCAAAAUGCCAUUCUCAAAAUGGAAAUUGAAGAACUCAAGGAUCGGGCCGAGUGGAAGCGAAAGGAAAUUGAACGUCUCAAGGGAGAAUUGUCCGAAGAAAAACCAACGUGGGAUCACAAUUUGGAUACCACCCGCACGUCCUUGAAGGAGUACAUUGUGACGCAGACGGCCAAAGAUGACUUGAGGCGGCAGCGAGAAGAGAAUGCCUUGCUCAAAGCGGAAAUGGCCGAAUUGGAGGCACGCACUACCUGGAAACGACAAGAAAUUGAACGGCUCAAACUCAAACUCAUGGAAAAGCAGCGUGUCGAACAGCAGUUGAUGGGGCAGCAGCCGCAACAGGAGCCCAUGACGCAACAGCAUCCAAUGCCGCAACAGCAACAACAGCCACUUGGUCAAUCACCCGAGUUUAUGGAUGCUCCACCAAGGCAGCCGCAGCCGCAAUCGGAGUUCUUCGAUGGCGCACAACAGCAAGCGCUACAGUCACCUGGAUUUGACGGUGCGCCACCAAGGCAGCCAGCAUCGGAGUUCGUGGAUGCCUUCUCAAAGCGACAACCGCCACAGUCAGAGUUUAUUCCCCAGCCUAGGCAACAGGAUCAACCCCGACAAUCCGCAGCGUUUGAUGCCCCACCAAGGCAACCAUCACCACAAUCGGAAUUUGCACCGCAAAGGCAACAGCAAGCACCACCCGAGUUUCGAGGCCCGCCAAGAAGUCAACAACAGUCGCAAAAGUUUGCACCACCACCGCCGCCAGGGAUUGACGCACCACCGAGGCAACAGCAAGGUUUUGGCGGACAACCGGCCUUUCGCAACCCUGAGAUGAAGCCACGACAAGGGCCGCCACCAUCGAAUUCGAACGAGCGACGACCCGUCAUGCCGCCGACCACUGCGAACCCUCGUGAACGGUUUCAGCAGAGGAACGCGACUGUAGGACAGGAUCCAGUGAGACGACCCGUCAUGCCACCGUCCAAUCCUCGUGAACGGUUUCAACAGAGGAACGCGACUGUUGGACAGGAUCAAAUGCGACGACCUGUCGUGCCACCGUCCAGUCCUCGUGAUCGGUUUCAGCAGCGGAACACGACUGUUGGACAGGAUCCAUCCGGAAUACGGAAACCGGUAAUGCCGCCAGCAACCGCGAAUCCUCGUGACCGAUAUCCAUGGAGAAAAAAUGCCGCUGAACCGCCACGAGAUCCGUCGCCACAAGGUACAUCAUCGCCACAAGGAAGUGGAUGGGAUAGCUCUCGCGCACCAAGAGGUUCCGUCCCGCAGGCAGCAGCUCGGCCCGCUUCUCGAGACGGCAAGAUUCCCGAGUUCAGACAAAAUGACUUGCCUCGAGGACCAUCGGGCCCCGGCGUGGGUUGGGAGGACUUGUCUGAUGCUCCUCAUAGACAGUGGACGCCACAGCAGAGCAGUGCCGACCCUGGCCGAAGCAAUCCUCCCCGCCGAAGUGAGUUUGACGGCCCCCCAAGAAGCGGGUAG